GCACGAUUGGGAGGGCCUGUCUUGUACAGAUGGAUGUAUCCAAUUGAGCGAUACUUGCGUACGCUGAAAGGGUAUGUGCGUAACAAGGCUCACCCAGAGGGUUCUAUUGCAGAGGGGUACAUACUCGAAGAGUGCAUGACUUUUUGCAGUCGAUUCGUUGAUGGCAUGCCUACAAAGAUAAGUCAGUCCGAACGCCAUGAAGAUGGACGUGCAGAUCAACCACCAACAGGGAUUACCAUAAUGAGUACAGUUGAUUACUCCAAGAAAGGUUUUGCUCUUGAACAACUAUCUUUGGCUGAGGUUAAUGACAUGAGGCAUUUCAUACUAACAAACUGCGGGGACACCGCACCAUGGGCUCGGGAACAUCUCGAGGAGCUGAAAAGGAACAAUUCUCGUAAUCCUGAUAAGCAACACAGGCAAGAGUUUGUUGGCUGGUUUGAGAGAAGGAUCACUGAACUCCACAAGGAUGGGAAGGUCCACAAGGAUGGGAAGGUCAGCAAUCUUAUUUAUGCACUAGCCAAAGGACCUGACCACCUAGCUCGUGUUUACAACCGUACAGUUCUGAAUGGAUACUUCUUUCGGAAUUCCGACAUAGAGCAGGACUUGAGUACCCAAAAUAGUGGCGUCGUAGUCAAGGGCGAUGAAGCCACAGGAAAUAUUGAUUAUCAUGGGGUGAUCAAGAAAAUCAUAUUUCUUGACUUUCCACCUGAUAAGGAGGUUGUUCUAUUCCAGUGUGACUGGUUUGAUGCGCCUCCUGCUAAUAGAACUCAAAGCAGGGGGUAUAAGAAUGAUAAAUAUGGAAUUAUUGACCUUCGCAUUACUGCACACCGAUUCAAGGAAGACCCUUACAUUCUAGGUCUCCAGGCUCAACAGGUUUUCUAUGUGAGAGAUGUGAAGAACCCUGAUUGGGCAAGUGUUAUUAAAAUGAAUCCACACAAUUUGUUUGCUCUUUCUGUUUUAAAUGGUGUUGGCCUUGAUGAAGCUGCUGAAGCCGAUGAAGGCGGUGACGCUGACGUACUGGAUGUCGUCAAUGCGGAAAUUAUAGUCCCAGAAAUUACUGUACCUGAAGAGAUCACUAGUUGGUGCAGAAACGAUGAUGAAGGAUCCAGCGUUGAUGCUUCUGUCAUCAAAAGUAUAAAACCUGUUGAGUUUGAAGAUGUUCACUCCGAAUCUGAUGAUGAUAUCGAUGAUGAUGAUGCUUACAUAAAUGAUGGCCAUGUUGCUCCUUUGGGACAAGAAGAAUUGGAUGAUGACAACGGGUUCUUUUUGUAGUUUCAAAUA